GGCGGAUGUAAUUAACGUCUCUGAUCACGCAUGCGAUGUCGUACACUGACAACCGGACACCAGUCUGGCAGCCACACCCACACACCCACCGUCCCAACCCUUCUCAGCUGUGUGUAUGUAUCAAUCAAACUGACAGACUGACAGGCACACAGGAGUUGUCAUUCAACCAUCAGCCAUCAUGCACCAUGCACCAUGCACCAUGCACCAUUCAGAGAGAGAGGCAAGCCAAGGCGAGAAGGUGGCAGGCAGGCAGGCAGGCAGGCAGUUUGUCCGCUGGAUGCUUCUGAGUGGCAUUGCAGUGACAGAGUCAGUGGAGAAACCGCCGAUCGCCCAUCCACUUACAAAACAAACAUAGGGGAGUCUUCACCAAGCAGACACACAUACCCAUGACACAAAAUCGCAGUCAAACGGAAACACAUACGCUGAAGAAUGACACGCCCACAGACAUGGGCAGAUUCGCGACGCUUAUCCAUCCAUCCAUCCAUCCACUGUGUUGACGCCAUGAAUGUCUGGCUGACAAAAGGAUGUCAUCAAAAAAAGAUUCGCUCAGCCCACCCCCCACCCACCCACCCACCAUGCACCCACCCACCAACGCCUCAUUCAUUCAUUCAUUUUCGAUGUCAUCGUCAAACCACUGCUCGAGGCCGAGCCCGUCAAAGUCCACGCCCAUCGAGUCAGUCAGCCGCUGGGCUGCAGCCCAGCACUGUGGGUGCCGACCAUAGCCGCCCUGCGCACGGGACACAGGCGUCUCGAACGAAAAGAGGUCCAGCAGAAUGGGAGGAGCGGGGUCGAUCAGGACGGCCAUGCUCCCCUCCAGCACGUGCAGGACUGCCGCGUAGGUGUCCUCCGCCUUGUCGCCCGCCAGCACGAUGUAGCGCUCUUGGUAGACCAUCGGGGGAUGCAAGUCGCCCUCCAUGCGCGUGCAUUCGACGACGGUCUUGUUCUCGACCGGCUCGUUCAGCAGCUUCCGGCCGCCGUCCUCGUUGACCUGCCCCUGGGCCAGCCCACCUGCUGCGCUGGUGCUGGCCGUGAUCCGUUGGGUGAUGUAGCCGCUGAAUGAGGGGUAGACGUGAUAGAAGUCACCGCUAUACUCGUUAGGUGUGACUGAUGUGCGGAUCACGGGGUCCUUAGCGUUGAACUGGAAGCCGGCUCGUAAGCGAUUGAUGUUGAGGUCCUCGGGCGGGCAGCACGGCGAUGGCCUUGUCGCCGAUGCGGUACUGGCGCCUUCGCAGCCGAGUCAGCCCGAGAGUGCCGUCCUGGUCAGUGCCCAGCUGCCCUCCGAAUGCAGCGAAUUGCUCGAUGGCGUGUGGCAUGUUGGACAUGGCUCUCUUGUAGGGGAAGGCCAGGUGGAGGGAUGAGGGGCACAUGAGGACAGGCAGGCUGUUGCUGCCGCUGAUCAUGCGCUUGUUGCGGGCGAUGUAGAUGCCCUUGGUCCAUCUCUUCCAGCCCUUGGUGACGUCCAACAGGUACGCCGACCGCACCAGAUAGUCGAAGUAGCUGAGGCCGUCGGGCAGAGGAAUGCUGCUUGGCUGACGCGACACGUCGAGCAGUCCGGUCAUGCCCUCGGCCGCCAGAGAUGCGUCGAUGCGCCCGAGGAUGAGUGCGGGUGUCACUCCGCUGUGGCCAUCGGCUUUGUUGGUGCGUCGCAGCGCCACGCAGCUGGCCAGAUCAGAGCAGAGGAGGAUGAGUGAGAAGAUGAUGUCAUCGAUGAGGCUGAAGAAGAAGCACAUCCCAUCGGGGGGAGGAACGGACGCUUUGUCAGCUGGCGGCAUUGCGCCAGGGGGGAAACUCCUGUUCCCUUCCUGGGAUGAGAGAGCGGGUUGAUUGUUCCUGU